CUGCUCUCUUCUUUCUAGGCCACCGAGGAUCCGUGGAAUGAGAUUGAUGGCACUUGAAAGUGGAUCACUGUUUAGUAUUGGACCGGUCUAGCUCCCCCCCGCCCCCCUCUUUCUCCUGCCUAUUAUUAGCCACGGAGGCCGAGUGCGUGGAGGUGGACCCGUCCACAUGACGGUCACGGUUGCAGCUCCGUGCGGUACCGGAAGGCGUGAUCGAGGAGUGAGUGAGUGAGUGAGUGAGCUCGGCGUCCUCGGCAGUUGGAAUUAUUUCGAGUCCUUACAUGUGAUCCAACCGAACCAGACUGUUUUUGAAGCUUUGACCACUUCGCCCACGAAGAUGAGGUUAAACGGGGGUUGUCGCCAGGUGCAAAGCCGCAUCCGAUGGAGUCGUGCUUUGUGUCUCGUCCCUCGACCAACCCCAUGCGGCACUUCCUCGCCUUACGGUCGCAUUUGACAGAUUCUGAUAUGGACUAUGAGAGGCCGAACGUUGAAACCAUCAAGUGUGUGGUGGUCGGAGACAAUGCGGUGGGAAAGACCCGCCUUAUCUGCGCCAGGGCCUGCAACGCCACACUCACUCAAUACCAGUUACUGGCGACACAUGUGCCCACAGUCUGGGCUAUAGACCAAUACAGAGUCUGCCAGGAGGUUUUGGAGCGCUCCAGAGAUGUCGUAGAUGAUGUCAGCGUUUCCCUCCGUCUCUGGGAUACUUUCGGAGACCACCACAAGGACAGACGAUUUGCAUACGGCAGGUCCGAUGUGGUGGUCCUGUGCUUUUCCAUCGCCAACCCGAACUCCCUGUAUCACGUGAAGACCAUGUGGUAUCCCGAGAUUAAACACUUCUGCCCCCGUGCGCCCGUCAUCUUGGUGGGCUGUCAGCUGGACCUACGUUACGCAGACCUGGAAGCGGUGAACAGGGCGCGGAGGCCUUUGGCGAGACCCAUUAAAUCCAAUGAGAUACUGCCCCCAGAGAGAGGCCGGGAGGUGGCCAAAGAAUUGGGAGUGCCGUAUUACGAAACCAGCGUCGUCGCUCAGUUUGGAGUCAAGGACGUCUUUGACAACGCCAUCCGAGCUGCGCUCAUCUCCCGCCGCCACCUCCAGUUUUGGAAGUCCCAUCUCCGAAACGUGCAGCGGCCGCUUCUGCAGGCGCCGUUCCUGCCGCCGAAACCCCCGCCGCCGAUCAUCACUGUGCCGCCGCCACCGACGACAGCGGAAGAGCACCCGGUGGGUCUUCUGGAGGACCCCCACUGUGCCGAUGUCAUCCUGGUGCUGCAGGAGCGGCAAAAGAUCUUUGCGCACAAGAUAUACUUGGCGACAUCCUCCUCAAAGUUCUACGACCUCUUCAUUAUGGAAAGGCAAAACGAGGAGAGCGAACGUCCCUCACGCGGUCCCCUCUCGGGCCGAGAGCUGCUGAUGCGCGCCGCCAGCUUCGACGUGUGCGAGAGCAGCGACGAAGGAGACCGGGCCAACCUGCGAGCCUGCACCAGCGACGGAACUCUGAAAGACUCGGAGGGAGGCCGUCGAGGACGCUUGCUUUCCUCGUGGAGCCGAGCGUUCGUCAGCAUCCGCGAGGAGCUCGUGGACGACCCCGUCACGUACAGCCCCAGGCCCAUGACCGUAGUACACAUGGACCAGUCCAUGCAGCCGGGACCCUUUCGGGCAGUGCUUCGCUACCUGUACACGGGCCAGCUGGACGAGAACGAGAAGGAGCUCAUGCACGUUGCGCACAUCGCCGAGCUGCUGGAGGUGUUCGAUCUGCGCAUGAUGGUGGCAAACAUACUCAACAACGAAGCCUUCAUGAACCAAGAAAUCACCAAAGCCUUCCAUGUACGCCGAACAAACCGGGUCAAAGAGUGCUUGGCUAAAGGAACCUUCUCUGAUGUCAUUUUCAAGUUGGACGAUGGAACCAUCAUGGCCCACAAGCCUCUGCUCAUCUCAAGUUGUGACUGGAUGGCAGCGAUGUUUGGUGGACCUUUUGUGGAGAGUUGCACAAAAGAGGUGCUGUUUCCCAACACCACUCGCAGCUGUAUGAGGGCCGUGCUGGAAUAUCUUUACACGGGCCGCUUCUGUUCUCGCACGGACUUGGAUGCCAUGGAGCUCAUUGUUCUUGCCAAUCGUCUCUGCCUCCCCCACUUGGUUGCACUUACAGAACUCUACACAGUCACGGUGCUGACGGAGGCAGCGAUGAUGGGAGCCGACAUUGAUGGCGAAGUUUUGGUGUAUCUGGACAUGGCCCAGUUCCACGGUGCCCAGCAGCUGACCGGCUGGUGUCUUCACCACAUCUGCACCAACUACAACAGCGUUUGCCGCAAGUUCCCCCGAGACAUGAAGGCUAAGUCUGCAGACAACCAAGAUUACUUUGAGAAGCAUCGCUGGCCACCAGUGUGGUUCCUGAAAGAGGACGACCACUACCAAAGAGCUCGGAAGGAGCGCGACAAAGAGGACUACCUUUACCAGAGGCGCCAGUGUAAACGCAAGUGGCUUUUCUGGAACCUUCCUUCAUCCCCCAACUCAAACUCUUCUUCUUCUGGUUCAUCCGCUGUCAUCUGAGCCAAGCGGUAAGACUAUGCCUACGUGAAGACGAACAACUAAUUAUCGCCUGCUGCCGCACAGGUUUUUCCUCGUGUUUGUUUGCGUUCCAAUAUUCACUUUUCCAAUAUCGGCUUAACGUGUCCUUUUUCUUCAUCCAGUGAAAGGAUUUCUUGGUGCCCACAGGACUGUAGUGUCAAUCACC